CUUCCGCGCCAUGAUUCAUGGGAAGUGUAGUCUCCUCAGAAGGGUAAUUCCAGCCGCUUUGCGAAUGACGGACUGCAAUUCCCAGCGGCCGUCGCGCAUCGCCGCCGCCGAGCGGGCAACGGACGGGCUGUGAUGGAAAAAUGAAGAGGAUUUGACUGAUUCCUCCAAACCACACUGGAGAGUGAAUUAUUUUGGGAUGCUGAAUUUUGCUACCUGUGGAAUGGCCAUGAGUCCUUUGAAACAGUACAAUGGCAUAUUACUGAAAGAGUUGGUAUCCUUGCGUCACAAUUUCUGUACUUUCCUGUGCCUUAAUUACCAGAAAAAGGACCAAAGCAAAUACGAGCAGGUAGACCAUAAGAAAUAUGCCUCCUUGGUCCGGUCUGUUGUAUCGACAAAGGUCAGUCCUCAGACCCCUGAGACCCUGCUGGGAGAGGAUACCCUUUUGUACGGACCUGUCAUCAAAUCGAAACCAGCUAGGGAAGAGCCAGCGCCUGAGAGCCUCCUGAAUCUGCCUCCCUUCUUGAACUCUGAGCGCCAGUGUUCUCAGCAUGAGCCAGGACCUGUGCUCAAGCCACCACUACAGAUUCCUCUGCUGAAGAACGGCACCAAGACCAGGCUGCCCAGCGUGACACACAUCCUGCAGCUGACCAUGAGCUUGGAGCAAGCCUUUUACCUGGAGAGAUGGAGGCGGAGGAUGACAAAAGAGUUGGGCCCAGAUGGCUUUAAACUGUACACCAAAAACGUCCUCAAUCGAGGGCAGCUUUUCCAUUCUGCUUUGGAGGAUGCUCUUCUCUCAUCCAAAAUUCCAGAAACUAACAAUGAGGAUGUGGCAGGGUACUUGCAAAGUGUAAAGGGCAUCCUGGAAGAUGUUAAAGGAACCAGAGUAUUGGAGAGUGCAGUGAAUCAUCUGCCUUUACAGUAUACAGGCCUGGUGGACUGUGUGGCUGAGUAUCGAGGCAAGUUGUGCGUCAUUGACUGGAAAACGUCGGAGAAACCGAAGCCUUAUUUUCGAAACACCUUUGAUAACCCAUUGCAGGUGGCAGCAUAUGCUGGGGCACUCAACCACGAUGACAACUAUGACUUCCAGGUCGAGCAGGGACUAAUCGUGGUGGCUUACAAGGACGGCAGGCCGGCACAUGCGCACUUCAUGGAGCCCCAGCUGUUCCUCACUUGCUGGCAGAGGUGGCUGCUUCGGUUGCAGAAGUACAAAGAGAAAAUCGACGCUCCCACUUGAGAGAGGGAGAGAGUUGAGCAGUUGGGAAAACAGCACUGUGGCCGGGUCCCCAAAGCAACUCAUGACUCAGCGUGAUCUCCUGCUGUUAAGUGCAGAUUUUAAUCACUGUUUGUUAAAGAGUAGGAGCUGAGCCAGAGGAAUGGCCAAGAUUUCUGCAAGUUAUAGUAAAAUUGAAUGCAAAACCUUCUGUAUGGU